CCUGCACCACGCGGCUUGCUCUGGCCAGCUGGACAUCAUGCGCCUGCUACUGGAGGCCGGCGCCAACCCCAAUGUCGCCGAUACGAAGAGUGGAGAGACGCCACUGAUGAUGGCGGGGACGGAUGGCAUGGAGGCGAUGAUGGUGCGGAUGCUGCUCUCACACGGCGCCGACGCCAACGUCGCGGACUUGCAAGGACUGACCUCCCUGCACCACGCGGCUCGCUUUGGCCAGCUGAACAUCGUGCGCCUGCUACUGGAGGCCGGCGCGGAUCCAAACGCCGCAGACUCGUACGGACGGACCUCCCUGUUCCACACGGCUUGCUUUGGCUGGCUGGACAUCAUGCACCUGCUACUGGAGGCCGGCGCCAACCCCAAGCUCGCCGAGACGAAGAGAGGGCAGACGCCGCUGAUGAGGGCAAUGAGGAACGGCAAGGAGGCGCUGGUGCGGAUACUGCUCUCACACGGCGCCGACGCCAACGCCGCGGACUCGCAAGGACAGACCUCCCUGCACCAUGCGGCUCGCUCUGGCUGGCUGGACAUCAUGCGCCUGCUACUGGAGGCCGGCGCCGACGCCAACGCCGCAGACUCGUACGGACAGACCACCCUGUACCACACGGCUUGCUUUGGCUGGCUGGACAUCAUGCACCUGCUACUGGAGGCCGGCGCCAACCCCAACCUCGCCGAGACGAAGAGAGGGAAAACGCCGCUGAUGAAGGCGGUGACGGAGGGCGAGGAGGCGGCGGUGCGGAUGCUGCUCUCACACGGCGCAGACGCCUUCGCUUCGGACUCGCACAGACAGACCUCCCUGCACAUGGCGGUUUGCUCUGGCCAGCUGGACAUCAUUCGCCUGCUACUGAAGGCCGGCGCAGACCCCAAUGUCGCCAAGACGAAGAGUGGAGUGACGCCGCUGAUGUGGGCGGUGACGGGUGGCGAGGAGGCGGCGGUGCGGAUGCUGCUCUCACACGGCGCCGACGCCAACACCGCGGACUCGUACGGCCAGACCUCCCUGUACCACGCGGCUUGCUUUGGCCGGCUAGACAUCAUGCACCUGCUACUGGAGGCCGGCGCCAAGUCCAACGUCGCCAACACAGUGAGCGGGGAGACGCCGCUGAUGAAGGCGGUGAGUAAGGGCAAGGAGGCGGCGGUGCAGAUACUGUGCUCUGGCCAGCUGGACAUCAUUCGCCUGCUACUGGUGGCCGGUGCCGAUCCAAACGUCGCAGAGACGAAGAGAUUGGUGACGCCGCUGAUGAAGGCGGUGACGGAGGGCAAGGAGGCGGCGGUGUGGAUACUGCUCUCAUACGGCGCCAACGCCAACGCCGCGGACUCGCAAGGACGGACCUCCCUGUACAUGGCGGCUUUCUCUGGCCAGCUGGACAUCAUGCGCGUGCUACUGGAGGCCGGCGCCGACCCCAACGUCGCCAAGAAGAAGAGCGGAGAGACGCCGUUGAUGAAGGCGUUGACGGAGGGCAAGGAGGCGGCGGUGCAGAUGCUGCUCUCACACGGCGCCGACGCCAACGCCGCGGACUCGCAAGGACAGACCUCCCUGUCCCACGCGGCUUGCUCUCACUGGCCGAACAUGAUGCGCCUGCUACUGGAGGCCGGCGCCGACCCCAACGUCGCCGUGACGGAAGAAAGGCGGAGUUUCACCGCGUUACACUACUCCUGUGAUCGACUUCGAACCGAGAGAAACAAUCUUAUCAUGUAA